GCCAUGGGACGCAUGCGCACGCACGCAGAGCGCAUCUCCUAUCCGCUAAGGGCACUACAAGUGUCAGUGCAGCCAGUGCUUCGCAAUACUUAAAACAAUAAACACCAAUAUGUGGCACAAAAUAUUAGUUUUAUUACCGGUUAUUUACUGUAUAAAUGCAGCACCACAGAAUAAAGAAUUACCUGUAAAUGAUGUUGAAAAGGAGGAUUUGAAGACCGCAGCCAGUUCAUAUAGCCAUCAGUACUCCGACUGGGGCGGCAGCUCACCCGGCGGAUACGGAUAUAGUGUGACCGGGUUUGGAGUGGUCAACGACAAAUAUAAUGCAAACUACGGCGGUAUAUCCGGACAUAGUGCAUAUCCUACAGCUGGAUAUCCCGGAUACAGUGGCGUAGGUUAUACAGGAACCGCACGCCCUCUCAGCGGUGCCGGAUAUGUCGGUAAUGUGGGAUAUGCCGGGAACUCGGGAUUCGGGGGGUAUAAAGGUUACGGGGGAUAUAAUACAAAUUUGUACGGAGGUAACGCAGGUUACGGAGGGAGCGGGGGUUUCGAAGGUAACGGGGGUUACGGAGGUUACGGAGGCAACGGAGGUUUGAACUCCUACAGUGGAUAUAACAAUCCAUACUACCAAGGAAACAAUCAUUUGGGCUACGGCUACUAUCAACCCGGCAACAUAUACAAAGGCGGCAACAUCACUCCAAGCUUCGUGAACGGUUAUAGGGGAUAUACAAGGAGGUAAACGGAACAAAUCACUAAAAUAAUUUAUUUAAUUUAAGAAUUUUAUCAUACAAUUAAGUACCAAAGUAUUUUCCAAAGUAAAAAUUAAGAACUUUA